UUACUUUCCAAUGGCGUUCAGUGAAGUGGAUGGAUAUCAAGCAGUACAAUACUGUUUUCCUCUCCACAACUCGUCUUGCGUUAAGGAGGUGCGAUCCAUAACAGAAAAUAUACUCAUGCAGCUCUUUUUUUUCUCUGUGUCAGCAUUCACAGUGUUUGUGAAUCUGCUGGUGAUCAUCUCCAUCUCUCACUUCAAGCAGCUCCACACUCCAACCAACCUGCUCAUCCUCUCUCUGGCUGUGGCAGAUCUCCUGGUUGGGAUUUUUGUGAUUCCAGUGGAGGGCAUCAAAGUCAUCGAGUCAUGCUGGUAUCUUGGUGAAACAAUGUGUUCAGUUUUUCAUGGGAUUGUUUUUUCUGUAAUUUUUGUAUCUCUAUACAAUUUAGUCAUCAUAGCUGUUGACAGAUAUGUUGCUGUUUGUGAUCCUUUACUCUACAUUUCAAAAAUAACUAUUGGAAAAACAGUGACUUCUAUAUUCCUAACCUGGAUAUUUUCUUUUAUAUAUAAUCUUGUUAUUCUAUACUGUAAUGGUCAAUGGUAUCGUUCUCAGGCACACAAGAAUUGCCAUGGAGAAUGUGUGUUGUUUAUCAGUUUUACAUGGGGAAUUAUUGACCUUUUUGUCUCCUUUGUUGCACCUUGUUCUGUUAUCAUAUGCUUAUACAUGAACAUUUUCAAAGUGGCAAGAAUUCAAGUAAAAGCAAUGAAUAUCACAACCAGGAUCAAAAUAUCAGAGAGAAAGGCAACCAAAACACUGGGGGUUGUGUUAUCGGUUUUCCUUGUUGGUUGGAUCACAUAUUAUAUAGGUUCACUUUCUGAGGACUACCUGGUACAUUCAGAUGUCAUCAUAGCAUUUCUCUCCUGGGUUGUGUACAUUCAUUCAUUCCUUAACCCUCUGAUCUAUGCAUUGUUUUACCCAUGGUUCAAAACAGCGGUAAGACACAUCAUAACCUUACAUAUCCUGGCACCCUCAUCCUCCUUAAUAAAUCUCCUUCCAGAAAAUUGUUAG